AUGCCUUUCGGUUGGGGUGAAUCUCACGAUGCCUACCAGCAGGUCUACGAGGGCGGCCAGAAGCACGAGUCUAGCUUCAGCCACGAGGUGAUUGCUGGUGGUGCCGCCUUCGCCGGCUUCAAGGCUUUCGAGGACCACCAGCGCAAGGAGGGUAAGCCCGUCGAGCACGCCUUCGCCAAGGAGCUCCUUGCUGGCUUCGCUGCCGCUGAGGUCGACAAGCUCGCUGAGACCAAGGGCGAGGACUUCGUCGACCGUGAGCGUGCCAAGCACGCCGCCAAGAAGCACGCCGAACAGAUGUACGAAGAACACUACGGCGACAGGGACCAGUACGACCCCAGCUACGAUCGCCCUGAGAGGCUCAACAGGCAGUUUGGCUACUAA